CCCAAGGAGCAGCGGGCGCAGCGGGUGGACACGGGGAAGCGGCGGGCGCGGAAAUCGGACACGUCGACGAAGGUGCGGAAGAGGCGGCAGCAGAAGGGGAUCACAAGCAAGCGGUUUGUGCUGCCAGGGUCGAACGGUCGGGGCAGCAGCGGCAGGGGCAAGCGGACGUCGAAGCGAAAGCAAGUGGACGACUAUGCCCUGGACGACCCGAUCACUGAGUUCAGGUUGACGGCCUUCUGA